UCGGUCAAGAUGGCAAUAUCCGAGGUGUGUAACACCUAUAAGCGCGAGAGCAGUAUUCUACUGAAACGGUAAGGGGUAAGCAAGGUUACGACAACAUCACUUUUACAUACCUAGGUGAUGAAGAUUUCCACACACUAGUUUGUAGUACCUAUCAAAAUAUUUAGACGGACGAAUAUGAUCGAUUUACAACCAAUUGUCACUUGCCUGCGUUGUUACUCCGCUGGAUCUUACACCGAACGUGAGGUGCGGAAGACCAUAUUACUUUAUUGCGGUCAAAAUAUUUUAAAAGCGAGACGGUUGGCUUAAAGUGAACCGAAAUUAGACUUGCGUUUAGCCCAUGUGUAGCUGGAAUAACAACAGUUCCGUUUAAUUUUGACUAGUGACAAGCCUAGGCCCUGCCCUACUAGUCGAAGCCGGCACAGUCUAGUAUAUAGUGCAAAUUAUAGCCUAAGGCUACCACUCUCAGCUCCCAACAGCAAUAAUACAUUUUUGCAAUAUUCUAAAUAACGGCCGAAAUCUUAGAUGUGAGCCUAAUGGUACAAACUUGACUAGCAUAAGGCCGAUGUUCUAGCUGAUACGAUAUCAGCUAAAAUCAUUGGUGACACAGCGUGUGCUCUUCUCGCAUAAAAUACACGAAAGCAAGCACAUGUACCUUUUUCAUAUAAAUAGUGAAAUGUAACAAUUCUAGGACAGUCCACUCCGAUAAAGUUUAAUUAUCGGAAACAGGACAACUUUUGCAACAUUAAAUUUGAAUGGGAAGAGUUAUUACUUGUAUGCUGUGGGUAAGAAAUCAAUAAAAGGGCAUUUAUAAUCGGUCCUGCUUCUAGCGAAUAGGAAGCGAACUAAAGUGUAGUAAUACGCACACAUGACUAAUAAAGACAGAAAAACUAUGUUUGUUAUAUAAGUAAACGGGCCUGUCUGUGCUUUAUAUUGCGAAUACUGACGAUGGCAUAGUCAAAGCAUCGCUACUAUUGCUGGCUGGAAUCGUGAGUGCAUUUGUUUAGAAGUCCUGGCGCCUUGUUUCUAUUUACGCAUAUUCGUUUCUGACUAAUCAUCUCGUAGUGAUCCAGCGUUAGCUAAUGUAUAACUGUAUGUAUAUAAAUCGAAUUAACUGUCGACUGAAUACGGGACCAACACCCAUAACUUUGUAUGGCUUUUGUUUUUGUAGGUCUGUUAGCCCGGGCUGGAAUAACCUUUCCACAAUUUAUCUGGAUGGGCAAGCCCACAUGAGCUAUCGGCACCGCGAUUCUGUUUGCAUUGUCUCCAAAGAUGAAAACGCUAUGCUUCAUCACUUGAUGGUUAAAAGCAAGGAUGUGUUCUACGGCACGACUGGUUUUGAUGAGACUGAAACUGUGAGCAGCGCUGUCCUACAAGGAGACCUGACCGACUCAAAAUGGGUCCAAAUGGGUCAAAGAGGUGUCCUGCUCGUGGCACUCUCCCCUGGUGGUGUCCAGUUCUUCGAAUGGGAUGGUUCUGUUUUCCUGCAUUACCACCAGAUAGCCCAGCCUGAAGAGAGCAAGCGGGUAUUUGCCAGAGGUAUUGGCGUGUGUGGGGACCAGCUGGUAUGCGUUGGUUUAUCAAGCGGAGCUUUACUCGUAUUUCGAGCGAUCCUUGAAAAAUCCGAGGAAGAAGAAACGGGCAACUGGAAUAUCAGCCUUGCAGAAACCAUCACUGAACACCAAUGUGCUAUAUCAGACAUUCAUGGUACUGCCGAACUAACAGCAAGCUGCGACGAAUUAGGCACCGUCGUUCUCUGGGCGGGACAGACAGCUCUGAGCAAACUGGGCUCGCUGGACGCAAGCCGGGGCAGAGCUGAACCGUGUACUUCCGUUCGUGUUUGGGCAGGCCUCGUUUGCGUAGCGAUGGCUACUGGAUUUAUUCGGAUUUAUCACGCCGACUCGAUGGCCCUGAAGUGCGAGGUGACCGCCCAUGCACGAUGGAUUACAGCAUUAGAUAUUGCUGCGCAAAGUGGAUUACUCGUAUCAGUGUCAGAGGAUGCUUUCAUCCGAGUAUGGCAGCUUUAUCCUUCACCGUCCUCACCAAUGACGAUUUCUCCAGCAUGGAAUUACUUCCUUGAGGAUGCUCAACUAUUUGGUGUAGCCUUCCUAGACCCGGCAGGCGAUGCAGUGGCAGUUGCUCCGUACGACCUAUAUGAACUGUACCUUUUCGAAAAAGAGGAAUGCUAAAUUUCUGUUAAUUUUUUUUAUCGCGCGAUGGCCUGACUAUUCAUCCUCUGCUGCUAUCGUCUAAUAUUUGUGUACGCUUCUUCUAAAUGUCUACCAGUCCUAAGCGGAAUAGUCCCAUCACCCUGCUCUAUAGUUUCCAUGUCAAGCUUCCUUUUCACAGUACAAACUGUUGUUACGUGCGCUGACAUGGUAUGAUAGCGUAGCUGCGAGUAGGAAUUUUAUUGGUCUUGCUGUGCCUGGCUCUAGUUUGUCUGUUUGCAGACGACUACUGGACGCCCGAAUUAUAGGCGCACGUCACUGCAUCCAGAGUUAUGAACUAUGUAAUAGCUGAGUAGAAUAUUUCUAUUUUGCUAUAGUAAUCCACCAAAUGAUUUAGCCGUAUAAGUUUAUAGAUUUUCGCAUAUAUAGGAAAAUGGUAGGCCGAAGAACGACACACUGACACUAAGUCACACUAUUUACUGAACACCGGAAGUAUGAUGAGCAGUUCGACCGUCCUGCCAACAUCACACACGUUCGGAUACGAAGAGAAUCGAUGGGAAAAAAAACCCCAUUUCAAUAACGACCCAUUUUUCUUCUUUUACACGUAUAUACGGGCAAGGUACGCUAUGUAUUUUCUGUUGAAACUACGGUAUCAAGAGAUCCCUUUAACAUAUGGUACAACCGGCCUUUAUGAUAAAGGAACAAAGGAUAUAUAUUAAUAUCUCAAAUUUUUAAUGUAUUCACCACGCAGAUCAUUUCAAGACGAUGAUUCCAAAAUCAGACGCAUGUUUGUUCGCAGACGCAGAGGAGUCAUUUUGUAACAAUUAUUACUAUCAUCUCUGUUAUCACUGUUAUUAUAUUUAGUUCCUUUGUAGGACUAUGUCUUUGCACUGGCCGUUUAUGCUGUUAUCUAUGUAGUUUCCACAAGAAAAACCCGUUGAUUUUACAUAGCGUUCUGUUCCAGUAAUGUACAAUUGUAUAGUCAAGCACGAAUAAAACACAAGGGUUAUUAUUAGCCUGAUUAUAUCUAAUCGUUACGUUUAUUAAGCAUUAUAUAAUAAAAAGAAAGAACUUCGUAAACGUUAAUCGGUUCACUUGCUAUAUAUAUAUAUAUACCUUUUUUUUUAAAAAAGUAGUAAGUGCAACUUCUUUCGUACCUGGAAAAGCUAAUGGAUUUAGAUAUGCUUGCAUAUCUAAGUUAUGCUUGCAUAUCUAAGUUAAGUUGUCUGAAAAAAUCAUAUCAAUGAAAUCGCGAAUCGAAUUCGUAGUGAAAAUCCCGUUGCCUAUUGCCGUUUUACACAAUGAAUAUUUUUGCUAAUUGAUUAAGUCAAUGCAUUUAUCUCACCUAAUUCUACUUCAAAUAUUUUACUUCGUUACAUAAACAUUAAUGUUGUAGAAUACAUUUGCCCAUUCAUAAGAAAGAAUCGAACGUUGUUCUUUUUAAGGCUUUCUUUUAACGAACGGCGUCCUUUAGUGAUACAAUUUUUUUUUUUAUAUAAAUCAUCCUUCAUUGGAAAAAUGUCCUUAAAAAUAUGAAAAUAUGACUCCUAGCAAAUUUACAUACUACGGGCGGAUUCGUUUUGCAUAUUUCCGUUCUAAGUAAAUUUGCUCGUGGCUUUCAGUUUGCUUACCAAUUCCUUACAUGGUGAUGAUAGGCAGAAAAAUCUAAUUGUUCUUAGUUUUUCUGCUGAACCAACUCUUGGCGUUCAACGAAAGCUAUAACAAUUAUACUACUUCUCCAGGGCACAGUCAAUUUCAAAUAGUGUUCGUGUUAGGGAGCACCAUGCCCUUACACGGGAUAGCUAAUUUGGUACAUUGGUAAACAGAUGUUCGCAUACCAAAACAAAAAGCUUCGAUGGAAUCAUUAGACAAAACUUGCACACUCGAACACUGAUGUUAGUCAUAUUGGGAUUUCCUGGCUAGACUGUUAAGACGCGUUCAUAUCUUUUAUGGGAAAAGCUUUCUGCGGGACUCCCAUAUCACAAAUUCGAUAUUUCUCAUUCAAACCGUCUCCACCUCCUUUAAGACUUCUAAAAAGGUUUUCAAAUCGCUUCAGAAAGCUACCUAUAUUAGACGCCAGACGUGUUGUGCAAUAGAAUCUGAGAAGACGGAAUCGGCUAGUGUACCUCCUAACAGAGACAUUUCUGCUCAGCGAGAACUUAAGGGCAUUUCGAUGUACAACCUACUUCUUCAUUAAAUGAUUUUGUCGCAAUUGAAGAGGAUAGGUUCUUCUAAAGUAAGUUCUUCGGGCUUUAUGAAUCUGAAGCUAAGUCAAUUACGUACGGAUGACAUUGAACAGCUCAGUCCAUCAUAUUGUAAGUGGGUUCACGGUGUAUAACUUCUGCCGUAAGUUGUCUGUUAUUCCAAACUUUCAUGAAGCAAACUAAAUGUGUAUACGUGGCAGAUGCGGGUAAUCGUAUGAAACCAUACUUCUCGAUGUCUUUAUGUCACUUGCUGUCAGUUCGGCAGUUUAAUUUAGAGUACACUGCUAACGAAAAAUCUUAUGCCGCUUAUUACGACAGAACUAUCUAAAUAUGAAGGUACAUUUUACGGAGAUCUCUUGCGCUGUCAGAGUAAUAAGUAGAACAUGAAAGUGCGAAUAAAUAAACCUAUCUAAAAAAUAAUCAAUUUAUGAGACACUGCAGGAGUGUAAAUUACCCAGGUUUUCGUUAAGCGUAUGCUUAGUAUCAUUCGAUCGGAUGGCCACUUGAUCACCGGUGACUACACGCGUUUAGAAUCGCGCUCCAUUUGCGAGAUAGAUGAGUAUAUAAAUGUCUCUCCUACACACGCCGGGACGUGUGUAAAAACUGGUGAUUACUGCAGUAAUUAACUGUGUAUAUAUGCAGUUGAAUAGUCAAUAAUAUUGAUUCUGACUGUUACUGGAUACAAUACAAUCGCAAUACAGGGAAAAACAGUAUUAGUUCGCUUCAAAGAUAAUCUGCACACGGGAAUUCUCUAGCUUGCUCUCUCAAUCUGAUACUUGAGUCGGAUAUCGAACUUCACAGAAUUAUUUCUGUACUUAUCCGCUUGUCAGAUUCAUACACCAUGACAUUUUACAUCAACGACUAUUGUAAUGACUCUGUUCAGCUUGAUUUAUUUAUUAUUUGGAUUAUGCUAAGAUUUAAUGUUUUUGUUUGUUUUCCACAGACUGAUGUCUAUUUAUAUACGUCAGAGCAGUUCUGCGAAGUUAGCUGACAUUGACAACAUUGUAACCGGAAUUUGUUUUCGAAUUGUAAAAACCGAAGACCAAGAAACCGAAGAACAGAGGACACGCAAAAGAUGCAAAGCGAGAACAGACCCACACUUCACGUUUCCGUUUUGUCUCCCAACAAGCUACCCAUUUGAAUUAAUACUAGAACGUUAACAUAUACCCAUCGUCAAUAAGUGUACUACAUGCAAGUAAUAAGUGGACU